AUCACUAAAUAUAUUUAUAGGCAAAACUCCCUAACUUUGUGAUUGUACAGAGAAGCUGAUAAAGUUUUUCUUCUCGUAAAAAAAAAAGAAAAAAGGAAAAACCACAACUUCCAUAGUCGGACUAUUUCGAAUAUUAAGGGUUUUCCCGGGUUUAUUGGUUAUCAUCAUGCCGUACCUUGUCCGUGAAAACCUAUUCAUUGGCAAUAUUGGGGACGCAGCAGAAGUUCUCCAAAAUGGUAGCAGCGAUAUUACUCAUAUUUUAUCAAUGCUUAGUACUGCAUCCAUAUCCAUUUUCUCAGAAUGGCGAAGUGGUCUAACAAUUCCCACAAAGGAGAUAAAAACACAUUAUGUUGGUGCCUCAGAAACUGAGGAUGAUUCAGCUUCAGAGGAUGAAUCGACUGAAUUGUCAAGUAGCGCCAUGUCGCCAGGGAAGGUUUUGUACUCGUUGGAAUAUGCUGGCAAGGACUUGAAGGUAGUGAGGAUGGCAGUGCCCAUGAGAGAUAUGGAGAGUGAGAAUCUGUUGGACCACUUGGACGUGUGCUUGAAUUUCAUUGACGAAAGUAGAAAAAAGGGAUCCGUUUUGGUGCACUGUUUUGCCGGCGUGUCAAGAAGCGCAACUAUCAUUACAGCAUAUCUGAUGAGAAGCGAACAUCUUUCCCAAGAAGAUGCUCUACUAUCUCUGCGGCAAAGCUGUGAGUUUGUUUGCCCAAAUGAUGGUUUUCUAGAUCAGCUUAAAAUGUUUGAGGAAAUGGGUUUCAAGGUGGAUCGUUCUUGCUCCAUAUAUAAACGAUUCCGCCUUAAAGUAUUGGGUGAGUGCUAUAACCGUGGGGAGAGAAUAGACAGUUCGAAAUUAGGUGCUGAUCCUGGUUUGCCUAGUGAGACUUCUUCAGAUGCAGAAGUACCUAGAGAUUCAGAAAAUAGUAGUAGAUCUGCAUACCGCUGCAAGAAAUGCCGGAGAGUAGUUGCAUUGCAGGACAAUGUUGUGGAUCAUGUUCCGGGUGAGGGUGAGGCAUCCUUCAACUGGCAGAAGCGAAAAAGUGGCAACCCUUUCAAUAAGUCUGAGGAGCCUGAAUGUUCUUCCAUUUUUGUGGAGCCUUUGCAGUGGAUGACAGCAGUUGAAGAAGGUGCAUUGGAAGGCAAACUCUCAUGUGCUCAUUGUGAUGGUCGCUUGGGUUACUUUAACUGGUCAGGCAUUCAGUGCAGUUGUGGGAGCUGGAUCACACCAGCAUUUCAACUCCACAAAAGCCGAGUCGAUAUAAGCACUGUCUGAAGAUUUGUUAUGUGUACAAGACUCUUCAUUUGUUCCCCUACUAUCAAAGUAUCUGUUUAUUCCUUUUGAGAUGGCAUUCCUCAAGUUUGUGAGAUACUCAAAUGCCAAUCCUACCCGCCACACUCUGGAAGAUGAGUGUGACGACCGCGCACCUGGAAGGUUUUAAUUUUAUUAAAAUCAUUUUUCUAUGACUUUGAGAUUUUUCUAGUGGAGAAACAGGAGCCUGAAUAAGUUCACCUUAUUAUGCUAGGGUCAUUGGUUAUCUGAGUGAGCCAGAACUAAGUUUUCCUUGAAUGUUGUGUUCUCAAAGAAAUUCCCCACAUAUUAUAGCACAAAAAUAUACUAUUUUCAUUUUAGCCGUUAAUAAAAUGAUUAUAGCACAGAACAAUCUGUUACAUGGUUAA